CAUGGAGGAGCGAAUUCCCGCCACCGGUCACGUUUCUCAUAAAAUGUUAUUUGUAGUGAAUUUGUUUAACUUACAUUGUUACAGUGUGUGUGAGUAUAUACACCGUUUCUUGUGUUUUAAAGUGUGUGUGCUUCAGAAACGCUCCUAUAGCAACAGACACUAGUGUAAUGUGAUUACUGGUUGCUUGCAACGUUUUCACUCGUACGAAGAUUGGGUCACGCGACAGCUACAUGUACAGGCAGGCGGCGCUGUGGAAAGCUACGUAUGUGUGGAGGGGUGGGAGCGUCGGUCGGCGUCGGAACAGAGAGGACGGCUUGGCAGUAACCCGCGAACUCCAGCCUCGUUCGGUAACGCGUAUAGUCACAUCGCUUCGAUAUCAUCACGUGUUGAACGCACUAGGAUUCUUGUGGGAUGUGUGACAAGAGCGAGAGGGAAUACACAUCAGUGUAGCCAACCUCUGAAAUUUGCCAGCGCUUCUCCAGUAUAAGGAAAAGCGUCCACGACAGCUGAAGGGUACACAGAGGCUCCAAUCCGGAGCGCCUUCUCCAGGGCUAAAGCUGCUGGAUCGUGAAGCUUAAUUCUCUUCUCAAUCGGGCCCCGAUGAAACAGCCGCCCCCCAGAGACCCACGGCCCUGACGCCGGCCGUCGCGAGAUGGACGGUGAGAACCGGAUCAUCCUGAACGUAGGGGGGAUCCGAUACGAGACGUACAAAGCGACGCUCAAGAAGAUCCCAGCUACACGGCUGUCGAGGCUAACAGAGGCGCUCGCCAACUACGACCCCAUCCUCAACGAGUAUUUCUUUGACCGUCACCCAGGGGUCUUCGCGCAAGUCCUAAACUACUACCGAACGGGCAAGCUGCAUUACCCGACAAAUGUAUGCGGACCAUUGUUUGAAGAAGAGUUGGAAUUCUGGGGCCUGGAUUCGAACCAAGUAGAGCCUUGUUGCUGGAGCACGUACAGCAUUCACAGGGACACACAGGCGACGCUAGCAAUACUGGACAAAUUAGAUAUUGAUGCAGACAAACCGAGUGAUGAAGAAAUUGCCCGCAUGUUCGGUUAUGAAGACGACUACCUUGCCGGCAACCUGUCCCGCUGGCAGAGGCUCAAACCCCGCGUCUGGUCCCUCUUCGAUGAGCCCUAUUCUUCCACAGGUGCCAAGGUGGUAGCAGUGGUGUCCGUGUUCUUCAUCUGCGUCUCGGUGCUGUCCUUCUGCCUCAAGACUCACCCCAACAUGCGAGUUCCUGUGAUUCGGAAUGUCACAGUCAACGUCAGCCAGGACUCUAGAGGUCUGCAGUACUCGUGGACGCUGGACAAGGAGAGGACUGACCCACAUGAAGCUUUCUUUUACCUCGAACUCGUCUGCAACGCCUGGUUCACGUUUGAGCUCGCUGUAAGAUCAGUGGUCAGUCCUAACCUGAUGCAGUUCGUGAAAUCGCCAGUGAACGUGAUCGACUUCGUAGCUACCCUGAGCUUCUACACGGACAUCUUGCUGCAAAGCAGUGUGGCCCACCGCAUAGACAAAGCAGACAUCCUCGAGUUCUUCUCCAUCAUAAGGAUACUGAGACUGUUCAAGCUCACUCGCCAUUCGCCAGGUCUCAAGAUACUCAUUCACACAUUCAAGGCCUCAGCCAAGGAACUCACGCUUCUUGUCUUCUUCCUCGUCCUCGGCAUUGUUGUGUUUGCCAGCCUGGUUUACUAUGCGGAGCGGCUCCAGCCAAACCCACACAACGACUUCAAAAGCAUCCCUGAAGGCCUCUGGUGGGCCAUUGUGACCAUGACCACGGUGGGAUACGGCGAUAUGGUGCCCAAAACUUACCUUGGCAUGUUCGUUGGAGCCCUCUGUGCGCUGGCUGGUGUACUUACGAUUGCACUUCCGGUUCCGGUCAUCGUCUCAAACUUCUCCAUGUUUUAUUCUCAUACUCAGGCUAGAUCCAAGCUUCCUAAGAAGCGGCGCAGAGUACUUCCGGUAGAGCAACCGCGUCGGAAAAGAGGAGAAGGCGUCAUCAAUCGACGCAUGAACGCCAUUAAACAUCACCAUCCCGCCAUCUUCAAGGACGCCUUCGGAAGCGCUAAAAUAGGAAACGUGAAUGGGGUAAAUGUGAUAGGGCUGGCACUUCAAGGUCCUUCUGUACCGGGCCUGCAGCUGAUACAGGGCGGGACUGGUCGUUCCCCCGCGACGAUAGAUAUGGGGUACACGUACCAGCACCCCCUACAGGCGAGGGGCCCAACGCGUGAGUAUGCAACUAACAAAGUGCACGAUGUUGAGACCAAUCUCCCACUUCUGACGGGGGCACGGGCCCUCAUGGGUCCCCACGCAGGACCCCAUGCUGCGGCGGUAGCAGCAGCAGCGGCAACGGUGACGUCACUGCCACCACUGCAACCCAGGGCAGCCACUACAGGAGGCACGGACGUUCUGUUCCCUUUACAGCCGAGACUGUUACCAUCACUCCUAUCGACAGCUUUUACUGAGCAACAAGAAGUAACUGCAGAGCCAUCUAGCGCACAGGAAAGGAAAUGUGAAACAAGGGAAGACGUUGCAGCAACAGUUGUAGGCCGGGAGAGGUUCUGAAAUUUCAAGAGAGGAGAUAUUUUGGAAGCAUUGCAGAUAAAUGGCUUUUCCCAGGAAGGUUUCAGGAUAACCUUAGACGUUUUUAAAAUGUGAAUAGAAGCUUAAGACUGGCCUUUGAAGUCAUGAGUUGACCAAACAGGAUUUGACGUUAUCGACACUGGCUGUGAGUUUUGUUACGUCUUUGCAGUUGGCAUUAUUUGCACUGCAUAGCACUAUGUUUCAUAACUUUCUUACGCCUAUGUUUCCCCUAUCUGGAAUUAUGUAUUUUCAAUGUAUUUUUAUAGUUCAAUUACGUGUCAUAUCCAUGCGACGAAAAGUGUGCAGAAGCAGGGUUCCUGACGGAGACAGGGAAAACAUUAUGAAGUAUUUGGCGACACAUCAGCCCCAGAAACAAGUCCUGAGUUGCCCCUCGUUAGGACAUAGCCUAUGACUAGUGCCACCCACUGGUUUAUCCUCUCAGUUAUUCAGACUUCAGUAAGAAGCAUCCGAACGCUUAAGGAGACAAAGGAAUAGAGCGAGGUAGGUCAUGCUAUAUCGAAUACAAAUUACUUCAGCGAGGCAACCAAUGUUACAAUAUCUCUUUUGGUAUUUAUUGUUAAUUAAUUAAAAGUCUAGUAAUAUUUUGUAAUUAAUGAGGACAUUUAAACUGAGUAA